AUGUCGGCCCUUCGGAAGCUGGUCGCCUCCAAAACCCUGGAUGGUCACACCGGCUGGAUCUGGGACGUCUCGCCGUCGCGCAAUGGCGAACUCGCCUCCGUCUCCAACGACAUGACCAUUCGUCUCUGGAACACCAAGACCGGUCUCCAACGCGGUCCGGCCAAGGAUAACGGCCACUCAAACUGGGUCCGUGCCGUGCGCUUCUCCCCUAGUGGCCGCCUCCUGGCGACGGCGUCUGACGAUAUGACCGUUCGCAUCAGGGAUGCCAUCACUGGAUUCACCUACCGCACCCUGCAGGGCCACACCGGCAAGGUGCGUGUGGUCGAAUUCUCCCCCGAUGGGACCACGCUCGCAUCGGCCUCGGAUGACUUUUCCGUGCGACUCUGGAACGCCGGGGAAGGCUCGCUUCUCUCGGCUCUGGAGGGCCAUUCUGGUUGGGUCCGCGCCGUGGCUUUUGCGCCGGACGGGCAGACGCUCGCGUCAAGCUCGGAUGACUACUCCAUUCGCCUGUGGGAGACGGCCACCGGCAGGCUGAUCCACGCUCUACAGGGUCACGACGCGUCCGUCCAGGCGGUCUGCUUCUCUCCGGAUGGCAGGCUCCUCGUGUCGGGCGCUCGGGACAAGACCCUGCGCAUCUGGGACACGACGUCGGGGGAAUUGCGGGCGGUUCUCGAGGGUCAUUCGGGUCCCUUGCGCUUGAUCACAUUUUCUGCUGACGGCCGCCUGAUUGCUACCGCGGCGGAUGACUUGACCAUCCGUCUCUGGGCGGUACAGUCAGAGCCUCUGGAAAUCUCUCGUGUGGGCGUUGUCACUGGCUAUUCAGGUUGGGUUCGGGCCAUCAAAUUGGAAAAUGAUGGCAGCAUGGUGGUCUACACUUCCGAUGACAUGACUAUCAAGAUUUGGGAGUCGGCAUGA